UUUGCUGCAGCGAGGUGUACUUGCCUUUACCUGCGACAGCAUUCGAAACCGAACGCACUGCUACAGCCCCACUGAGAGCGUCGCGGAAACCCUCUUUGUAAAUCAGGAGGUCUUAUCAAAUCUUUUAACUGCUGCUAUGAGGACUUUUAGCAGAGGAAACUUUGCAGCUCUCUUGGUGCUGGGAGCUGUUAUUAUGGUCAUUUACUUCUGUCUGUACAGUGCUGACGAUACAAACUACAAUUUCUCCAGGAGCCAACUAACUGUUGUCUUUAAUAAGAAUCUAUCAGACACUCUCAUCAAAUUUCACAAACAUGAACCGUUUGUUCCAAAAUGUGAAGCAGACAUGUCAGUUGCUGACAUGAAAGACUUCAGCUCUCUUCCUGAUGCUAUGAAAGAUUUCUUGUACUUCCGCCACUGCCGUACUUUUCCAAUGCUGCUAGACCUGCCAGACAAGUGUGGAGGAGAUGAUGGGCACAAAGAUGUCUUCCUUCUACUUGUCAUCAAAAGCUCUCCUUUGAAUUACGAUCGUCGGGAAGUGCUACGUAAAACCUGGGCCAAAGAGAGGCUCCAUAACGGUGUGUGGAUUCGACGGAUAUUCAUCUUAGGAACAUCAGGUUCUGGUUACGAGAAGGAAAAGCUAAACAAAUUAGUGAGAGAGGAACAAAAGGACUUCAAUGACAUCCUCCAGUGGGAUUUUAAUGACAUGUUUCACAACCUCACACUGAAACAAAUGCUAUUUUUUGGGUGGAUGGAGAGAAACUGUCCAAAUGCUCGCUUCCUGCUUAACGGCGACGACGAUGUGUUUGCCCACACUGACAACAUGAUUGAAUAUCUCCAAAACCUCCCUGACAAUGAUGGAAGCAAGCACCUUUUCACUGGCUACUUGUUUGUGGACGAAAAGGUCGUUAGGUGGAAGGGAAGCAAAUAUUUCGUUCCAGUCGAGAUACAGAAGUCAAACACAUACCCACCUUACUGUGGAGGAGGGGGAUACCUUCUGUCUGGCUACACGGCUUUGACGAUAUACAGGAUGUCGCAGUCCAUACCCAUCCACCCCAUCGAUGAUGCUUACAUGGGGAUGUGUCUGUCCAAAGCAGGACUUUCACCUUCUUCUCACAUCGGUAUGAAAACGUUAGGGCUAAAUAUCCCAACUAAAGAAGCAGACAAUCUUGAACCCUGCUAUUUGAGAGAUCUUCUAUUAGUACACAGAUUUCUACCAGCUGAUAUGUAUCUAAUGUGGAAAGAAGUUCAUAAUCCACAUUUGAAAUGUAACCCCCGAAAGAAACACAGAUAAGGACUCCAGUCUUUGGAUAAAUGGACUGUGGCUUAAUAAUGCCAAAAAAGGCUGGAUUUUUAAAAAAAAAAAAUUAAAUUUUUAGGCAUUUGGGUUUUCAGAAGUUUGAAGGUUAUUUUAAAAAGGUUAUUUUGAUUAUUCGAAGGUGAGUUCAUUGAACUCUAAUUCUAAUUUUUAAAAGAUGAGUGUGUGUGGCUAUAGGGUUAUAAGAAGAAAGACAAUCUCUAUUUUAAUUACUCAAGAUAAGCAAAAGAAAGAAGACAGAAUACCAGGGAAUGCUAGACACAACUUGUCUAAAUAUUUACAUGUUUUUUUCUUUUCUAUCUCAUAUUUAUACUUUUACCAUCAGUCAUAUUGUGAAAAUAGUACAAGCUUUUGUUAAAAUGUGAAUAAAUGAGGAUAAGUUUAUGCAAAUGAACAAUGUGGCUAAUCCACAAGUGGUUUGUGGAAGGGUGUUAUUUAAGCUCUUCAUAAUUACAAGCGAUGUAGAAACCAUGUUGCUGUAUAGGGUUUGUUGUUAUUUUCCUUCCAUCCAUCCAUUUUAUUCUGCUUAUCUGGGGUCGGGUUGCAUGGGUAGCAGCUUAAGAAAGGAGGCCCAGACUUCCCUCUCCCCAGCCACUUGUUCCAGCUCUUCCUGGGGAAUCCCAAGGAGUUCUCAGGCCAGCCAAGAAAGAUAGUCUCUCCAACGUGUCCUGGGUCUUCCCUAGGACCUAAAGACCCAGGGACCAUUAUCUUUAGAGAACUAAAGAUAAUGAAGUAGGAAAUUUGAUCAUUUUUAACUCAUUAAACAUUUUUACACAUUGGCUCUUGAAGGGCUCACAAGUCAGAGGAACCGAUCAGGUUUUACAAAUAAGCCAACCAGAAACCAAAACGGGUUAUAAAAUUAACAGAAACUUGGUGGAAGAGCCAAGGUAAAAUGCACUUGUUUUGCAGUCAAAAGAACAUUUACUGUUUUAAGGAUUUGUGUGCUUUGAAAGAACUGGUUUAAAACAAGACAGUCAAAGAGCAAGUUGAGUGUUUGGAGAACCUGUUUUUCUACAAUUGUGCUCAGACCUUAGGGUGAAAAGAUACUUGGCUUGUUGCAGCAUUUCUGUGGAUGAAUUCCAAAACCGUAAAAAUACCUGUGGUAGGUAGGCAGGUCUGAUUUAUUAACUUAUUGGUAAACAAGGUGUCAUUGAUCAGUUUUUCUAAUUUACCAGAAUAUGCUUCUUACAAAGCCUGUUCCUUUAUGUUAACUUGUGACUUUGUUGAUUCAUAGUUAAUUCACAUGUUCAUGAAAUGUUACAUGUAAAACAAUCGAUUUUAAUAUGAAGUUACAACUAGAUCAUUUUUAUUAAUGCAAUACCUACAUUUUUAUUUUCAGUUAUUUAAAACUAUCAGUUAAUUCAUAGUUGUACAAAUAAAUAAACGUGCUUCACAACCUAAGUGGAUUUGGU